GCCAAUGAGGGUGGAACUGCCCAGUCUGAGGGGCAUAUGGAGACUGUGGUAUCACAUAUCGUGCAUGUGUUUGUUGAUGCCCUGCCUCAUGUGCCCGAGCACAGACGCUUACCCAUCCUCAGCCAGCUGAUGAACACACUGGGGCCAUCUCGCUUCCUCUGGGUCCUGAUGCUGCUCCUGUUCAAGCAGCAUGUCACACAAACAUCUGUCAGUGCAAGUGGGGCUGAAAAGGAGGCUGUUGUGGAGAGAGAUCAGGACUUCUGGACCUCGGUGUGCUGUGAGUUUGAGGUAAAGGAGCAGCUGACCUCCAUCAUCAGAAUCCUGCAGUAUCUCAUGACUCUACCACAGGACAAAGAAGAAGCUCCGGAGAAAAAGAGGACCCGUGGAAGAAGUGCGGUGAAGAAGGCAGAAACAGUCUCUGAUGUGAUCUUCAACAUGGAGGCUAAUAGUGGCAAGGACCUCCGCCAUUUUAAAUUCCUCUCCGUCUCUUUUAUUGCUCAGCUUUUGGCCUCUGACAGAUUUGUUGGGAAGGUGGCUGACUGUGAGAACUUAACAGAAAGCACCUUACAGACUCUUCAGCAGAAUCUGCUGGAGGAGGUUCUGCGCUACAUCCAUGCAGUUGCUCGAUGUGUAGAGGAUAAUGCAGACAAACCCACUGCUAAGUUCUGGAGAGCUCUGCUCAGCAAGUCCUAUGACAUCCUGGACAAGGUUAAUGCCCUGCUGCCCAUGGAUUCCUUCAUUAUGGUAAUGAGAGGCCUGAUGGGUAAUCAGUUAGCUUCAGUAAGAAGGAAGGCCAUGGAGUUACUCAAUAACAAACUACAGCAACGGACGCAGUGGGUGGAAGAACAGAUUACUGUGCUUCUGGAUCUCAUUGGCGUCCUCCUAAAUAUUGUGGGUCGGAGUCACAGACAGGUCACGGCACAGGAAGAAGAAGAGCUGGCUAUCAAUCGACAGACGGCCCUUUACAGCCUUAAACUUCUGUGCCGAAAUUUUGGCUCAGGCCACCAGGAGCCGUUUGUACCAGUGCUGAAAAAAGCGGUGGAGCUGGUUGCUGAUAAAGACGAGGAAAAGAAUGUCAUGGGAAGUGCUCUGCUGUGUGUGGCUGAAGUGACCAGCACACUGAAAGCCCUUGCUAUACCACAGUUACACAGCCUUAUGCCUGCAGUGCUGGACACUCUGAAGGAGAGAAAGGACCUGCUGAACAAUGAAAUAUACUUGCUGAGCGCUGUCACAGCUCUACAGCGUGUUUCAGAGACGUUACCGCACUUCAUCAGCCCCUACCUGGAGGACACCAUCUCACAGGUCGCCCGCUUAACUCUGCUAGCCAAGCGACUGACAUCCUGCCCUCAGCUGUCUGUACGUCUCUCCUCGCUCAGCACCACUCUUGCCACAAAGGUGCCUCCCAGGGUCCUCAUUCCCACCAUUACAAAAUGCCACUGCACAAUGGUGGAUGUUCAGCAGAACCGUCUUGGUCCUCUGAUGAUCAUCCUGAAGGAACAUAUAAUUCACAUGGAGAAGGACCAACUCAACAACCACCAAUCAGAGCUCACUUCCUUCUUUCUGUCUGCUCUUGAUUUCCGUGCCCAGCAUUGCCAGGGAGAUCUGAAUAAGAUUGGUGAGAUCGAGGGGUAUGUGAUUGACUGCCUGUUAGUGAUGGUUAUGAAACUUUCAGAAGUCACUUUCAGACCUCUCUUCUUCAAG